AUGUCUCAAGCCUCUCGACCAAAACUCCCAAGGCAAAGACGCCGGGAAAUUUAUAGGAUUCACAGUGUUCAUAUGGAUACAGUGGGCUCACCCGAGCCGGAGCUCAGCAAUGACAAGGGCUCGGUUCAUGUAAACCCAGGAAGGCCCCCGGGUCAACUUCCGCCACUGAAUGAUCACACGACAAAUAGAGAACCUGAAGAAAAGAUUAGCAAAGAUUCGACGGAAACAGAGGUGUCAAAGGCCAGAUUUAUUAUUGAUCCGGAAGGAGAAUUCACUCAUGAUCAGACAACUGUCGACAUUGUGACUGUUCCAUGCCCUGGAGCGGAUCCCCUUCGAACAUGGAGUCGCGAUGGCCUUAUGAGUCGAUACUACGGAGCAUUGUCUAUGCGCGACGCCGAAGGUGCAGCAUCUGAUGCUGACCGGCCAGCUCCAUCAUGGGUUCGCCAAGGACUUCGUCGUGAAGCGGAUCGAGCUCGGAUUCUGUUGUAUGAGCAUCCAUCGACGACUGAGGAUACGAGACUGAGUACCCUGGCUGAUUCAUUGCUGGAGGAGCUGGAAAGUUUGAGAAAACGAGAAAAGCAGAAAAGACCGGUUGUGUUUGUGGGACAUAGCAUUGGCGGUAUCAUUGUCAAGAUGGUGUUGACAAAGGCAAGCAGGGAUCCGUCUUUUGAGGAUAUAUACAGACAAUGUUAUGGGGCUGCAUUCUUUGGCACUCCUCAUCAAGGAUCGAGUUACUUUGCCAUGCCGAGUCUAGCAACUGGUAUUCAGAACCUGCUUCAACUGUCAGCUCCUAUGCCGACAUCAAUAACUGACGAUCUUCGUGUGGGAAACACUCUGCUCCUCCAACUCGACGACGACUUCAAAUCUAUAGCACACGACUUCCGCAUCUGGACGCUGUAUGAGACCAUCGACUCUCGCCUUUCAGGCAGCUCGGGAGAUGUCUACUUCACUGCACCACUAACCUCAAUCAAGUCUGCUAUUCUCGGCAUGCGACAAGAGACCAUUCUCCCACUUCAGAGUGAUCAUGCGAAUAUUGCCUCUUUCGGGCGACACAAUGUGCACACGAUGCGUCUGUUUCUGAAGCAGCUGUCGGCUCUCAUCGGUCGUGCAGACGAGUACUCUCGUGAGGACGGAAAUUGGUCUCUGAAUCUUGAGCAAAAGGUCAAUGUCGAGGUUCACGGAUUCUUUGAAGAUCCUCCAGGUCCAUUGGAUGUGGCGACGAUUCGAGCUUGGUCUACACGGCUGCCGCUUCGAGAUUUCUUGAGAAAGGGACCAGAGGAGUGCUUGGCUGAGAGGUUGAACGAAGUCGAGACAGUUGAUGAAGGCAGAUUCUUGAGGAAUCGAGGGAAAACAGCCAUGCUGCCGACUGAGAAAGUUGCUGAUGAAACACACGACAAUCCCCUUGGAAUCUCGCAAGGAUCUGUCGAGUCUCCUCCUGCAUCCCCUAUCAUACGACCUGUUGAUGCAGAAAAGACAAGAUCAGAGUCAGCACCUCAAACGGGAGCAAGAUCCCCUGCCACACCUUUAUCACCAGCGGCUAUUUCACCACCCACACACUACUCAACACCAAUGCGACGUCCUUCGCCACUUAUUCGCGCCAAUUUUGAGCAGGAUUUGGCUGUCGACCGUCUGUCACCUCCCCCCCGAGGAAGAAUGGGGCGAUCUCUGAGUAGGUCUGUCAGCAUGGGAACCCAAGCCUCACAAUACGAGUACAAAGACUUUCCUCCAUUCUCGCAGCGAAGUCGAAGUACAAUCGAGGGCUUCAGUGACGAUGAUGAUAUCGAUGCGUCUCCGAGGCUGCCAGAAGCGAUCGUUGCUAUCCGAAAGGCUGCGAAUGAUGGUGAGAGGAGAGCCAGUGAGACAGUAAUCGUGGAUGAAGUACCUGUUGCGUUUUCGAAACCUCAGAUCGAGACUCGCAAGUUUAUGUGGGUUCAUUUGCCAUACAACAAUCCUAGCUGGGUGACGAAAAUAUUCGAGACUCUGCAGACAGCAAACAAUCGCAACUACGCCCCCCUGUUUAACAGUGACUUCUGGGCGACAAGGCAUUCUCCUAACCGUGUAGUGUCACCUCGAGGCCGAUCUUCGAAACAGUCAUCGAUAUCACCCAAACCAGAGGGUGGAAUCUAUACUUGUCUCUUCCUCCCAUAUCUUCAUUUCGACUCGUACAAACGACUCAUUCGCCGACGAGAACUCAUCCUUCAGCGUCUCGGCCAUGGACGUGCCAGACCUGUUCCCGAAAGUGUGGCAAAGUCUGAUUCCCUUGAAUCACAGGUGAUUUGGGAGUUUUUGGGCCACGAUCCGCCGCUCAACUGUCGUCGAACACUAGAUCAAUACGGAUAUCCAUCGUUGAGGGACACUCGGUCGCGAGAUGAUGAUCAGAUGCUGUAUAAACUGACAAAGGAACGGACAUUCGCUCCCGGUUUGGGUCCAGGACUUCAUGGACAAAUGUCAAACAGUAGCUCUGGGAGUAGCGGAAGCGGUAGUCGACGAUCCAAGACAAGUAGCCAGGAUGGGGAAGACGAGGAUGGUUGCGAGGACUCUAUACUCAACGGUAACGUACUCAUGGUAGAUCAGCUGUGGCUUUGGGCCAUAGACUCUCAUACCCUACUAUCCUUCUUCCCAAAACGAGAGGGUGAUGCUAUUGAAGGGCCUCUGUAUCAGCAGGCAGAUCUUCGCGACAGCAUCUUUAACGAAGUCAACGUCGAUCUCACCCGACAAUGCGAAAAUGCUCUGGACCUGGCGGCAUUAGCAGUCCUCCAUGCUGUCACAGUCCUCCUCGACAGAUCCUCGCACCCAGACCUGGAAGUGUUUCGAAUCUUCGAAGAAGCCAUCAGCGUUCUAACCGAAAAACUCACCUCUUCGCUCAAAACAUUUCGCGCUGAAGGAUUCCGUGACAAAGCGUCAGCCUACGAGCCAGUUGAGAACAAAGCUCGUUCCAUCAGAGCACGCCAUAAAGCCGAGGGCCGUCGAGCAGAAGAGGAUAACAGGGACAACACAUCAGCUCUCCUUGAACUUCGAGAUAUCGAAGAUGAACUUUUGAUUCUGGUUCAUCUGUUUGAACGUCAGUCCAAAGUCGUCAGCUCUAUGCUCUCCACUUACACUCGCCCGGAACUGCGUGACCGUACUGCAAAUGGGAGACUGUUCCUGAGUGAAGCGAUCAAGAAGGUCUCGGAGUAUACACACCAAGCGCAAGAGAUGAUUCAGAGAGUUCGGAGUACAAGAAACGACUACGACAAACUCCUUCAGAUGGUCCAGCGACAGGCACAGGUUGACGAGGUACGGCUGAGUAGGCUUCAUGCCGACCUUGCGAGUGCACAAAGUCGUAGUGUCAUGAUCUUUACCACAUUUACAGUCAUCUUCCUCCCGUUGACCUUCUUUACCGGUCUCUUUGGUAUGAACACUCAAGAAUGGGGCGGUGAGAAUAACCUGUCUCUCAAGACCAUCGGGACAAUCUCGUUGCCCGCAAGUUUUGCCCUAGUGGUAUUUUCUCUCGUGGCAGCUUUUAGCACAAAUGCUCGGCUUCUGAUCAAAUGGCUUGCCCAUGUGUACCGACACAUGAUGUCCUGGGUGUGGCGAACACUGUGUAAGCCUGCUGUUGCAAAAGUGGCCGAUAUUCUGCCACAAGGAAAUGAGCGACAGAGGGAGGAGAGGGAUCCAAGGAAUGGGAAGAGAGUUUUGAGAGAGGAAAUGAGUGACUUUUGGGAAAGACAUAGAUUAGAGAGGGACAGAGGAUACACGGUUCCAGAGAAGAACAAGAGAACGGUAGUGAGUGGUAAGAGUAGUUGGAGGAAGAUGAAGUAG